AACUCUUUUUUUUCUAUUUCAGGUCCUGAUUUCUGGGGUUUGUUGAAUCCAGAAUGGAAUCUAUGUAGCAAAGGACAUAGACAAUCUCCAGUCGAUGUGGAUCCAAGUAAACUACUUUACGAUCCCUUUUUACGGAAAAUUCACGUGGAUAAACAUAGGGUGAAUGGUGUCAUUCAGAAUACAGGGCACGGAGUUCUAUUCCGUGUUGACACCGGGCCACAAUCUCCAGUAGUGAAUAUCAGCGGCGGACCCCUCUCGUACAGCUAUCGUGUGCAAGAAAUACAUCUACACUUUGGAAGAGCAGACGACAAAGGUUCGGAACACAAGAUCGGCAGCCACGCUUUUGCAGCUGAGGUGCAAAUUUACGGUUACAAUUCCGAUUUGUAUGGAAAUAUGACUGAAGCUUCUCAAAUGUCACAAGGCCUUGUUGGAAUUUCACUCAUGAUACAGAUAGGAGAACCUUCGAAUAUGGAGCUACGUUUAUUAACAAGUCAGCUGCAACAGAUAACGUAUAAAGGUCAGCAGGCAGAAUUGAAGUCUCUCUCAGUCAGAGAAUUGCUUCCAGGAACAGAAUAUUACAUGACUUACGACGGGUCGACGACGAUGCCCGGAUGUCACGAAACAGUCACGUGGAUUCUGAUGAACAAACCCAUCUAUAUCACUAAACAACAGUUAUACGCCUUGAGGAAGCUCAUGCAAGGGGACUUAAGUAAUCCAAAGGCACCCCUGGGCAACAACUACAGACCAGCUCAGCUAGUGCACCAUCGUGUAGUCCGGACCAACAUCGACUUCACUCGUUCUUCAGGUCAAAGUUGUCCCACAAUGCACAAUUCACAAUUUUAUCAAGCGAACUACAACAACUGGCGACAGUGAGGUAAAUGUUGUGUUCAGUGCCUUAUUAGUCCAGCCAAGAAGAGAACCCCCACCUGUGGACAUCGCGGCCGACAUUUCGGCGUACUAGUGAUGGUGGACUCCGCCUCCAAGGUCUAGACUCCGCCCCCUUUUCGUUUCUAUUGCAUUCUGUUCAUCUCUUCGCUGCACUACAAGUUUAUGUUUCGGUUUUGUUUCCUGAAGAAAACGCCUGAUGUCCAACCCGCCGAUGAAGAAAAAAAAAAUCAGAACAUUAGACAGCAAACUAUGUAUACAAAUUAC